CCCUCAUGAGGUCUCAUGCUCAUAUUUGGUGUCUUGCAAAAUAUUGAGGACCAUAUCUCUUUAAUCGGGUACACGCCGGCCUGGUCCUCACUACUUCCAGAUGGAUUUAACCGGGUGACACAUCAAUACGAUGCAGCCAACUAUCAAGUAUUGUUUUUCUACAAUAUAGCGCUUAGAUAGCCAGUUCAGGCCAACAAUACAGUAUAGUUUUGACGGAGUGUACAAGCCACUGGAGACGAUUUCAAGUGAACAAUCGCGUUUUUGAAUGCGACACACUUUGACUGGAUUUAUAAAGUGUCGAGGACAACUGUGGACACUGUGAUUUUACGCGUAACAGUUAACUAUGUAACGGAUUAAGAGAAAUCAAGUUGGACAAUUUGUGGGUCCGAGGAGGGAAAUGAUCGUGUUUUGACAUAUCAGGUUGUGAUUUAGCAUACAUUUCUGGUGGAAGAAGCGUGUCUGUACUGUAUUUCUAAGUUGUGCGGUUGUCCCGGUCGGGCGCAGACAGAGAGAGAGAUGUCAGCCCGCAGGAGCAGCAGCUCUUGUCGGUCACUCAGGACGAUUUUUCUCCUGCUGUUUGUCAACAUUGCCGGAGCAGCUGCUGAAGAUGAUGAAUUCAACGCUGAGUCCUGGCUAAGGACCUAUGGCUACCUGUCCCAGGCGAGCCGACAGAUGUCCACCAUGCAGUCAGCGCAGAUCCUUUCUAGUGCUAUUAAAGAUAUGCAACGCUUCUAUGGCUUGGAGGUUACCGGACUGAUGGACAUGGAUACUCUCAAAGCCAUGCGAAGACCUCGGUGUGGGGUGCCUGAUCGUUUUGAGGAGUCAACUGAAGGAAUCUCACGACGCAAACGUUUUGCCGUUACUGGUCACAAGUGGGACCAGGAAAAGCUCACCUACAGUAUCCAGAACCACUCACCAAAGGUUGGCCAGGAGCAGACGUACGAGGCUAUUCGCAGAGCCUUUCAGGUUUGGCAGGAGGUUACGCCUCUGCGGUUUGAGGAGGUCCCGUACCACGAGAUAAAAAAUGGAAGUGAAGGACCUGACAUAAUACUGCUGUUCGCUUCUGGAUAUCACGGUGAUAUGUCUCUAUUCGAUGGGGAAGGAGGUUCUCUGGCACAUGCUUUUUUCCCCGGUCCCGGAAUGGGGGGAGACACACAUUUCGACGUAGACGAACCGUGGACCCUAAACCAACGGGAGGGCUCAGGAGUUGACUUGUUUCUGGUUGCGGUUCAUGAGUUGGGUCACGCGCUGGGGUUGGAGCACUCCAAUGACCCCUCCGCCAUUAUGGCGCCGUUCUACCAGUGGUUGGACACUAAACACUUCUCAUUGGCUGAGGAUGACAUCAAAGGCAUUCACCAGAUUUAUGGGCCUCCAGAGAUAAUCACCACUCAAGCAAUGACCACCACAGUCCUGCCGUCAACCACUCCUAAUCCAGAACCCACCACCAUGGUGGCCCAUCCGAGAACAACCAGGCCUUCGCUGCGACCCACCAAACCUUGGGUGCCUCCGGUUAAUCCCACCAGGAGGACCUACAGACCCCGGCCGACACAGCAAUCGGAUCAGGAUCCACCUGACAUAUGCGAAGGGGGCUUUGACACGGUCACCAUGCUUAGAGGGGAGAUGUUUGUCUUCAAGGGUCGGUGGUUCUGGAGGGUUAGGAGAAACCGUGUUUUGGAUAAUUAUCCAAUGCCUAUCUCCUUCUUCUGGAUGGGGCUUCCUGAGGACAUAGAUGCUGCAUAUGAACGUCACGAUGGGAAAUUUGUAUUCUUUAAAGGAAGUAAAUACUGGCUUUUUAGAGAAGCGGACGUGGAGCCUGGAUACCCUCAGGACUUGUUUCGUUAUGGUCAGGGAAUGCCUGACAGAGUGGACACGGCUGUGUGGUGGGAACCAUCUGGAUUUACCUACUUCUUUAAAGGAGACAGAUAUUGGCGGUUUAAUGAAGAAUCUCGUGCCGUGGAUAAAGAGUACCCUAAACCAGUGAGCGUUUGGGGGGCUGUCCCUAGCUCCCCAAAGGGGGUUUUUCUCAGCGAUGAUGGAGUGUUCACUUACUUCUACAAAGACACUAAAUACUGGAGAUUUGACAACAGGCGAAUGAAAGUAGAUGCUGGAUAUCCCAGAUCUAUCUUGAACGAUUUCAUGGGCUGCCGAGUGCACUUUGAUCCAGAAACAGACGUAAAGCCUGACCACAGGCAGCCAGAGACUACAAACAAAGAUCAAGAUGACUCCAAAAAUAAUGAGGAUGUUGUUGAGGAUCGUGAUGGAAGUGACGAUGAUGAUGAGAAAAAGGUAGACGUUGUUCUGAGGGUGAAUGAGACCGAUGAGCACAUCAUGACGCUCAUCUUGGUGACAGUGCCGCUAGUGCUGGUGCUCUGCAUUCUGGGAGUUAUCUAUGUCAUCAUCACAACGCUUCAGAAGAAAGAGACACCUAAAAUGUUUGUUCACUGCAAAAGGUCCCUGCAGCAAUGGGUCUGAUAGACUAACACACAUUAGCUCUGUUUCAGAACGUAGUGAGCUGCCUAUAGAGACGGCAAAUAUAAAUGCCACGUUGCUUUUAAAGAUUAAUUCAGCAUACAGCAAGGUCACUUACUAGUCUUUAAAACAGAGCUACUUUCACUGCCCUAUAGAUGAUAAGUAUGCAGAUGUGCUUUUUAUAAGAGAUACACUUUGUUUGUUCUUUUAUGGUGCUUGUCCAAUCAAACCUUUUGAAAAUUUGCACUUUUUAUGGUCAUUUCAUGUUGUGGUUCUUCUCUGUGUGUGUUUUCCUGUUGAGCCCGGACGUUUUUGGAUGUAUAAAAAGCUUAGAUCAGGAAUUUUUUUUCUUAUCCUCUGUAAAUGACGGAGGAAACCACAAAAUCUGCUUCAAGGUCUUGCAGACAGCAGAGGGUUAAACGAAAGCGAUGUUUAAUAAGUUGCCUCGCACACAUUUAAGAGGGUUUAUGAUCUGUUCCCCGUGGAGCCCGGCCUGGCUUGCAUUACACAGAUGUUGCUGAUUUUGGACUUUAUGUAAAGGAGGAAUAAGAGGGGGAUGGAGGCUUGAGCCAGCCAGCAUUUCCUCUGCUUGAUUUCCAUUGAACGUGCCAAAGAGAAAGAGGAGGAGAAUAAAACGAAGGCGUGACUUUACUGUCACCGUGACCUACAUUCGUUUACCCCUCAUGCUUUCUCCCCCUUCAAAGAAAAGUUUCUUUUCCUAUGGGACUCCACUAUGGGUUUCUUCGCCCGGCUCCAAGACAUCUCCCCCAACCCUGAAGUCUUUGUUUAUGAGAGUCAUUCCAGGAUUCGGGAUUCUGUCCAUCUGUGCCUUAAUAGUGCAGAUUAUCACCGCUGAACAGUUUUGGAAAUGCCCUGCUUUGUUUUUACUGACCAUGAGCCUAAGGCAUUACCUUGCAGUUCCACAAACGUUCAGAUACAAUUGCCUUACAAUUUUUUUCUGAAGUUUUACAAGUUGCCUUUGAAGGGAUAGUUCACCCUUUGUUAAUAACUCUGCAUGUCAUUUCAAAUCAACAUUAUUGCAUUUUCCAUAAAAGAAAUAUAGUCAGGUUUCGAAAGAAAAGAAGAUAAAAUGCCAAGUUCGAUUUUGGGUGAACUAAUUUUUUUUAACGUAUCAAACCUGUGUCUUUUGUAUAUUGUCAAUAUGAAUGUGUUUUUUUUUUAUCUAGUUCAGGUGUUUUAUUAAUGUAGCCCUUGGGAGUUAAGAAACUCUCACAUGACAAUUUUGUGUUUUAUUUGAUUUUAGACAUUUUAUAUUAACAGUUGAGUAAAUCAUGCAGGGCAUGUAUUGCUUUUGUCCACCAAUAUUAUCUGGUAUGUAGCUUGCUCAAUAAAAUACAGAUGCGUAUACAGA